GCUGCCAUCUGGCACAGGAAUUACCGUUAAUCCGAGCUCAUAAAAGAUCAUUCCAGAGAGGCUUCAACUAACGAAAAAAAAAUAUACAUAAGUACAUACAUUCGCAACUACAUUCGCGUAUCCAGCUGUCAAAAAUAACCCACCUUUUCACUACCUGUUGCUAAAUCCUCGACUUGAAAAAUGGCUGCCGGAUUUAAUUUCUACGAAAGUGAUUCUUUUAACCCAACAAAUAGCGAGACUCCUGAACUUUGCAUGUCAGUCGUCAGGAAAUCGGAGCCGCACACUUUUCACCCGCAGACUGCGAUUCAACCUACCGUGCAGUUUUCGCAUCCUUACCAUCAGUACUUAAGCCAAUUUGCGCCCAACUUUGUGCCCUACUACUAUCGCCUGCUAACGCGGCCCAUUGUCAAGCAGGAGGAGAUGGACAUCGAGAACUAUAUGAACUUCGAACUGGCCGCCCAGCAGACGGUGAUGCGCCAGCGGAGCUUUAAGCCCUUGGGACAGCUCCAAAUCCAGCCAUUGAUGCAACCACCGUUGGAAAGGAAUCCUGUUAAAAUUCAGCGUGCAAGAGAAGUCUCGCGAAAUUCUCCCCCUGUACCCCAAAGGCGCAUAAUUAACGCUCAAAUUGUGGCCAUAGCCACACCUUCAGGUGGCAUACAGGAAGUGAAGCCGUCAGUGAAACCUUUGCCUCCCGUGGAAGAGUCCGUCAAACAGCAAGUAGCCAAAAUCCAGAGGAGUCAGCAUCAUUACGAAGAACUCUUUGGGCGACUUACCUCCAUGUUGAGAACCUUAAAUCAGCGGUAUGAUAACGAUUACGAGGAGGUGCCCGCACCACCAUUAAAGAGGCCGCGUCACAUGUCCACCAGUUCUGCAGAAUCGCAACUCCAAGAUAACACCAAUGUCUCGGACGCAUCCUCUGACAGCGAAAGGCAAUACCCGCAUCGGGUACAAAGAGCUGACGGCAGCGCUUUUUACGUGCUAGGACCUAAUGGUACGCAAAUUACUGCAAACCAAUACGGUGAUGUUUUCUGGACGAAUGCACCGGUGGCCACCAGGUGUCUCUUGAGCGCUGUAUUCAGCAGUGAUGAGCUUGCUACGCACACGCUCACAGGAAAGCCUUCUCCAGCGUUUUAUGGUCGUGAAAGACCACCCAAGCUUCAAUUGGAUCAAGGAAAAGUGGAGGACAUUGUGCUAAGUGUAAAAAGUCGCACGGGUGGGAAGGAACGUAUAAUCCGGGCCACCAUUACAACCAAGUGCGCCGACACGGCUAAGAAAUACAAGCGACGUGCGAAAAAGGCCCAGAAAGUCAAGGAAGAAUACUAAGAAGCUGGAUAUAAUCCUGCUAGAUAAUCUAAGACAAAAUAAGUUAAAUGUUUUCCAGGAUCUCGACGACGUGCUAGAAAAAAGCGCUGAAACCUAAUGUAUUUUAAUACGGGCACGUAAUGUUUAUUUUCCAAUAAAAUGUAGUGGUUCAUUCACUGUGAAAACUGAAACUAAUAAAGCACUUUCGCACUAAA